AUGGCUCGAACUAUUCUUUCUGGACGCCUAGCAAGAUGGUCCAUAUUGUUUAACCAAUACGAGAUCACAUACACACCUCAAAAGGCUGUGAAAGGACAAGCACUAGCUAAUUUUCUAGCUGAUCACCCUCUUCCGGCGGAAUGGGAGCUAUCUGAUGAGUUUCCAGAUGAAGAUGUUUUGUUCAUUGUUGAACUACCACCAUGGACAAUGUUCUUUGAUGGAUCUGCACGUUGUAACGGUGCGGGGGCAGGUGUUGUGUUGAUCUCUCCAGAAAGACAAGUCUUGACAUUCUCCUUUGUUGGUGAAACAUGCUCCAACAAUGCCGCAGAGUACCAAGCUUUGAUCGUUGGUCUCGAAAUGGCAUUAGACAUAAAGAUUCCACAGUUGGAGAUCUAUGGCGACCCUAAGCUGAUUAUCAACCAACUUUUGGGAAGUUACGAGAUAAAGAAGGAAGAUCUCUUGCCAUACCAUCAAUAUGCUUCUGGUUUACUUGAAAGAUUCGACCAAGUUUUCUUAAACCAUAUCCCAAGAGAAGCGAAUCGCAGGGCAGAUGCUUUGGCUAACUUAGCCACGACCAUGGCACUUGGAGAGAAUGAGUCAACAAAGGAAGAUUGGAGGAAACUACUGAUAGAGUACCUUGAACAUGGAAAGUUACCUGAGGAUCUGCGACAAAGAACAGACAUCAAAUGA